GUUAUUGGCAUUUUGACAUCCAAGGGUUAAAUACUUUAGAAUGGUUUAACAUGGUAUGGUGACGUCGAAUCGUGCUUAGCAGCCUUGAGAAACACAGCACGAGGCUCACGACUUCUUGUUGCUGGACCGGUAUGAUGAAGGUCAUUAGUUCGUGAAAUUUGUUUACAACUUGGUGCUAAAAAAUUCGAAAGGUAUUGACCUUGGUUCAAGACCGCUUUCGUGGCAGCUACGACGGUGUUAUUCGCCUCGUCGUCAAGAACAGAAGAUUACCUCACCGUCCGGUUAACUUGACUCUGGUCUAGGACGAUUUCCUCUGCCUUCGUAUUACAACUCCGGUGGCGCCGAUCUCAGUUUGUUUCUGGUUUCAACUUGACAAGAACCCACAUACAAUACUGCCUGCGAGAAUAUUCAUGAGAAUAUGGAUACUAGAACAAUAACAGCAUUCCUCUUAUUGAUUGGAUUGGUGUGGGGACUGAAUGAGACGCAACUAGAUAAUUCCACUCACUUUCUCCAAGAAUCUCAGCUGGAUGUUUUUACCGAAAUUCUUACUCAGAAAUAUGCUGAAAGCAGUCAGCUUAAAUUACCAGAGUUUACAUCUCUCUGGGCUAAUUUACUUGCAGUACACAAUCAGACUUCAGCCAGUCCAUCAUUAGAAUCUCUGUGCAACGAAACUUUGGUUCAUUCACCCAUCUGCCAACUGUUCACUCGAUGCUCAGAACCCAAAGAGAUAUUUGAGCUGGUUAACAAGACACACUUGGACAAGGCUGGCCUGAAAGAUGUAUGCCCUUUAAUACUUUAUCAAAUGGAAUCUGGGGUUUGUCACCAAAAUUCUAACAAAGUUAAAUCCAACCAGCAACCAGAAAUUAAAUCAUCAGAGGUUAACAAGAAACCCACUCCACAUGAAGUGUGGGGAUAUGGUAUCCUUUUCGUCACGCUCAUUAGUUUGUGUUCAUUGGUUGGCGUGUCCGUUCUGCCCUUAAUGGGAAAAGCUUUCUAUUCGAAACUGUUGACUGUGCUUAUCGGUCUAGCCGUGGGUUCCCUAUCUGGUAGCUCGGUUUUCCACCUGAUCCCGCAGGCGUUCGGCCUGAUGAACUCGGAUCCAGAUCACCAUUAUUUGCGGACAUCAGUUUUACUCUUUUCUGGCGUCUGGCUCUUUUUCAUGAUCGAACGUUUCCUAAAAAUUAUCAUGGACUGGAAAGAGAAGAAGAACCAGUUGAAACGAGUUGUCAGCAAUCCUGUGGCAGCCUUGAGCCUUAUUGCGGAAUCUCCCGGACCAGUUAGUGCACUCAGCGCGGAUGUUGAGAAAAUUUACGAGUCUCAAGAGCAAGUGAUCAAAGCCUCAUUUGGACACCAAGCGAAACCACAACGAAGACAUAGCCAUGAGCGCAUGAUUCACUACAAAUCCGGCGAAUCAGCCAUCUCUUCUUUAGCAUGGAUGAUCAUCUUCGGUGAUGGUUUCCACAAUUUUAUCGACGGACUUUCUUUGGGAGCCGCUUUCAAUGAGAGCAUCCCUACUGGGAUGAGCAUAUCAUUGGCUGUCAUGUGCGAAGAGUUACCACACGAAUUGGGAGACUUUGCUGUUCUUUUGAGCGCUGGAAUGACGAUGCGUCAGGCAUUGAUCUAUAAUUUCCUUUCGGCCUGUACUUGCUAUCUGGGCCUGAUUUGCGGUAUCAUUCUUGGGGAGUUCGAGGCUUCGCAGUAUAUUUUUGCCCUGGCCGGAGGCAUGUUCCUUUAUAUAGCCCUGGUUGAUAUGAUGCCCGAAAUGAACGAAGUUGCGGAAGAAGCCAGCCGCGAAUCUGUGCCCCAGGCACUCAAAGUAUUGGUUUUGCAGAACAUUGGCAUUUUAAGUGGCGUUGUCGCUCUUUAUCUCCUGGCUAGAUUCCAAGAUCAGAUUCGUUUCGUGUGAAGAAAACUAUGUGCAAUUUAGUCACUCGUAAACUCUGACACUGCUCCCACCCUUAGCGACACCAUUUGUCCUGAUUGCGUUCUUUUUAACUUAACAAUCCAGGGUUUGGAUAAUGCUGAAAGCGAGCUAGUCACAGUACUAUGAUGACUUAAUUAUAUAGGAUAAAAUUCUUGGGUUUUGUAUCAACAAACAACUGAUAGUUAAUUGUUUGUUCUCACCAAAAAAUACUAUUAAGUACUGCCGGGGUUAACCGGUUUUGUUAAAUUAAGUAAAAACACUGUUGAACGAUUUUUGAAUUACGAAAGGAGACAUUUAUGUAUGUUCUUAUAGGCAAGGUACUGUAUACAAUUGCCAUGAUUAUCUAAUUCACUGCUGCCCACCAUGUCUCUUACAAUAUAGCGGGUUUUUUUCUCAAAAGAUAUCGGUGAAGUGGCUGAAGCUAAGCCUUAUGUUUACUGAGAAUCAUAUUUGCGCAUAUUUGACUGUAUAUCAAUAAAUUAAAUUCGUGGAUGUC